ACCAAAGGCAGAGGAGCAACGUAUAUCUGGUGGGCUCCACUUCAAAACGUUGUGCAGACCACGACCAUACUGCAGGAGGGCCCUGCAAAUGCUCUGCUGCAAUGAUCCCAUUCGACACAGCAGAGAAGAUGGUUACAGCUGGGGCGUGGUUUUGAUAUCUCACUGAACUAUCUGUCAGCUUUCAGUAAAUACCAAAGGGACGGAUGCAAGAGCUAUUGUUGUCUGGGAGGUUAAAAAUGGACCAAAAAUUGAUACAGAUUCUGUUGAUUUUACUUAUUCAUCCAAAAAUCUCGUCUGCUGCUGAAGACACAGUACCUGAAGAGGGAAAGCCGUUUUCAAUCCACUGCAAGCCUUCUGAGUCGGGGACCAUCAUAUUCUUGUUUAGGGUGGUGGAUGAAUCAGGCAUGGAAUUUCUAGGGUCAUUCAGUCCCAAUGGUCAACCCAAAAAAACUAGACCCAACUUCGACACGCAUUUCAGUUCAAAAAAGCUCAAUGAUGACUUUGUUUUAACGGUGAAGUCCUUCAACAAAAGUAAUGACAAUGGGAUGUAUAGCUGUGCUUCUCUUGUCAAAGGAAAUGAACUAAAAUUUGGAUCAGUAACUCCACAUAGAGUUCCAGAAAAAACCAUUAAAGCAAUACCAAUACCAACAACAAAAGCAAACGAGGUUCGCACCACCAGCCAGACGUCAACAACUCCAAGAAGCUGUCUUUGUCCGGAUAGGAAAAAUUUAGCAGGUUCUUCCAUGUCUUGUGCACCGAUCAUACUGGGCCCGCUGGCUGGAGGCUGCGGCCUUCUUCUUCUGCUCCUCAUCAUCACUAUUUUAUACUGCAACAAAAUAAGGACUCGAAGAUGCCCUCACCAUCACAAAAGAAAGAUGAGGAUGAUGGCUCCUGAAAAACAAAUGAUCACCAACAGGCACUUCUGAACUAGAUGCUGUAAUUUAAAGAGCCCUUCUUUAAAGUAUAGUAUUUCCCUCAUGUUUUUUGUCAGAAAAAUCUUUUUUUUUUUUAAACAAUAGCCUAUAAAAGACAAAAUGAAUAAUCGGUUGAUUUGCAAACUAAAAUAAAAUGUAAAAUGUGUGCCAGAAAAUACCUUUCGGAUACAGAGAGCUUUUUUAUUGUGGACAUGCAGUUUUCACCGUAGUUGAGAUUAAUGUCUGAAAACGAUGUGCUGCUGUUCUUUCAUUUUUAUCAACAUUACAUGUGACCGGAAAUUUGCCCAAUUCCAUCAAAAAUUAUUGCUGAUGUAGCUAAAGACAAAACUGAGAAAUGUUUUGGUAUUUAUUGUGUUACUGUAUAUAUUUUUCUCCUUUGCGUUGCUCACAGUACAACGAUCUGAAUUUCCUCUUGAAAUGAGAUCAAACUUUACCGUAACACUUUAGCUUCCUGUUUGUGUUUCAGGCUUUUAUAUAACCCAAGUCCAACAGUUUAGCUCAAAUAUGAUAUGCUUCUAAGAUGUAACAUUUCUUUCAUUUUUUGUAAGUUUUUCAGAAUACAAAAAUAAAAAUGACCAAAUAUAAAACUUC